AUGGGAACCGAAGAGAUCGAGCGACGCAUUUCAUCUUCUGCUUCAAUCCAUCAAUGGAAGUAUGACGUGUUCGUGAGCUUCAGGGGAGACGACAUAAGGAAGAACUUCGCGUCCCACUUCUUGCGUGCGCUGAGGCAGGCGGGUAUCUACUUUUUCUGGGACAAUGACAAAGUAGAGACAGGGAUUUUCAUCGAGCCCAAGCUGGUUGACGCGAUUCGCAAUUCUAGCGUUGCCCUCGUCGUGUUCACCACCAAUUACGCCGACUCGCGGUGGUGCUUGAACGAGCUGCUGGAGAUCCUGGAGUGCAACAGGAGGUUCAGAGAUCAUCAGGGUCACGUGGUUCUGCCCAUUUUCUUUGAUGUCGAGCCAGCGGACGUUCCGAAACAGAGCGGGCAAUUCGGGGAUGGUUUUGAAAAUUUGGCCGCCCACACUGACGGUUUGCUUGUGCAGAAGUGGAGGGAUGCGCUUAAAGAAGCUGGGAAUUUGUCAGGAUGGCACUUGAAUAAUGAUGCUAAUGGUUACACAAUGUUGGACUUGUUCUUCCCAUGUAACUACAGGGUUCAAUCAAACUUCAUCGAGCAAAUCGUAGGACAUCUCCUCACGGUCAGUCCUAGAGCAAUCUCCCCAUAUUUGGUCAAAAAUGUUAUCGGGGUAGAUUCCUUUGUAGAGGAUGUGAUAUCAUCGCUGGAAAUUUGGUCAGAGGAUGAUGUCCGUGUGAUUGGAAUAUGGGGAAUGAAAGGAAUUGGCAAGACAACGGUGGCCAAAGUCGUCUGCAAUCGUGUUAUCAGGGAAUUCGAAGGUGUUAGCUUACUUGAAAAUGUCGGAGAUGCCAACCAAGAUAAGGCUUUACUUCUUCAGAAGAGACUUCUCCAAGAUGUUCUGAAGGUACAAGGUCUAGAAACGUUUGAUCUUCACAGCAACAUCAACGAGAUAAAAACUAAUCUCUGCCAUAAAAGGAUCCUUCUAGUCCUCGAUAACAUCACAAAGAAGGACCAAAUUAAGUAUUUCGGAGCUGGAGAUCGAGAUUGGUUCCAACAUGGGAGCAGAAUUUUGAUAACUACAAGAGAUGAGCAGUUGCUGGAAGAUAUCCAAGUAGAUAACAAGCACAUGCUUCCAGGAUUGACUCAUAAACAAUCGCUCGAACUCUUGAGUCACCAUGCCUUCCGCAAAGACCACCCUAAAGAAGGCUAUGAAGAGUUGUCAAAGAGGCUUGUCCACUACACGGGUGGACUUCCAAUAGCUCUGAAAAGAUUUGGUUCCUUCCUUUCUAAGAAGAGAGAAAAUCAGUGGCAUGAGAUAUUGGAGAAGUUGGUGAGAGACCCUCAUCUUGACUCAGUUGGAUUGCCUUUAGAACCAUUCUCCUCUGUUCUUCCCUUUCAAUCAGUGGGGCCAAUUGGAGGUCCUGGUGGGAGUCCUUAUGAUGAUAAAACAUACACUGAUGUUAGAAAAAUAACUGUAGUCGUAAUGUCAGGAUUGUGUCCUUUUCUAUUGAGUAUGAUCAGGAUGGGUGUUUGGUCCGUUCGCCAAGACAUGGUGGACCUACAGAAGGCAGAAUAUGCACGGUGA